AUGGCCAAGUUCAUGAGCCACCUUGCGAAGAAGGAGCACCCAGGUUGUUUUCGCCCUUGGCCCCAGGCGAUGUACCUGCCCUACCUGUCCAAGGUCCUUACCUUAGGUAGUUGGCACGGCUUCUGUUGUUCAGUUAUCAAAGAGCCAUGGCUCCUGGUCGACAAUGUGAACUAUACACAUUUGGUGAAAAGUCACCAGCGAGCAUCGGCAGUACCUGACUUGAUGCGGAAGAGCAAGGUCCUUUCACAGUCUGGUCGCGAACGGGACCACGUCAUUCGAGGCAGCUAUAACGGUUCUCAACGAUGGACACCUCUGUAUCCGAUUUGCGAUAUCUCAGGCUCGUCGUGCGCGAGCAGGAACAGACGGCGGUGCGAGACCUGGCAGUUGCGCCUCUUUAUCGAAUUUCACCGCUUCCGAAUGCGAUACCUGUUCCUGUCCUUCCGCUGCCCGUCAAGGUCUCGGAUACCCGACUGUCAAGGCACUGCGGCUUCCCUGCGGUCUCUCGGCGCAGCGUCAUCAAACUCGUCCCUGAUGCCGAACCACGAGUCUAUCGAAGUUGGUCAGCUGGUUGUUGAAAACUCGAAUUCAGAUGUCGACACGGCAGAUGCCCCUACGAGUGGCAAAAAGAGCAACAGUCCACUUGACCUUGUCCGCACCAAAUUCCAUCGAAACAAGUCGCAUCACAGCUCAAGAACAGGACCCCGAGCAGGCCUCGGUGCCAGUGAAGAGGAAAUGGCCCGUCGAGCCGAACUGAAGAGAAUUAUGCACAAGAGAAUCCAAGAGGAGUUGAAGAGCGAAGAGGAGCAGCCUGAACCGAGUACCGGGUCCGCUUCUGCCGUGAAAUAUUCUACAACCCCUAUCGACUUUCCGGGAGGCGGUCCCCGUGACCACCUUGAGUUUUCCAUUGCGAAUGCGUCUUUGGCUGAUGCCGAGGCUCGCAAAGAUGCAGCAGAUGAGCAGUCCAACGCCGUAGACGAGCCUAUUAAAGAUGAACGCGACAAGGAGUAUGAUCUCAGUCGGCGUCGGAGUAGCUGUCCGCAAUCAUCCUUGUUUUCUACGCCUGGAGGUCUAGCCACCCUGGUUGUUCUUCGAGAGCGGAACUCACUUCCUGAGCUUCCUCCCUCGCCUGGCAUGCGCCCAGUUGGCCAUCUUGACGCCCAAAAUGCUCUGUCUUCGGAACCACGCUGUUUGCUCAUACAUACCGGUCGACCUGAACAGAUGGCCGAUGUCCGCGGAAGCCCAAAUUGUCACAGCUCAUACCAUGUCGACAAUUCGCCAGACGGCAAUUCGGCUCUAUGUACAUGGCUGAUGACUCAAGGGCUGUCAAACCAUGCACACAUCACAGGAAGAGCUAUAGAAUCACCGUUGAAGUUGGCGUCUGAGAUCGAGGGAACCACCACCAAGGUGCCACAGGCUACAGCCCUACGUUAUUGUUCAUCUCUGGAAACCCCUGCUCUGACAAAAGGGCAAACGUGUCAGCACCUGCAGCACUGCCAAGACGACGACACUGUCAAUUACUCAUUGCCGAAUAAGGAAACAUCAAUUGCACGAGAUGUGAGGUGUACUGAUUGUACUGUCGGCGCCAAUAUUUUCGAUACAAGCUGUCCGUCAAAAGAGACCGUCCGCCUGCCUACACCGGAGAUACCAAGCACCGGCAGCGAGUCCAGAAAGGCAACAACAAGCUUACAUGGCCUUCAGCUGUCACCCUUUCGAUGGCUUGGGUCAGACGGAGAUAGCUUCUUGAAGGGCUCUGACAAUCUGACGCUUGGUGGGAAUGAAUCCGGGUUCAGUCUGAUAGUUCCUACAACGACGGGCUCACGCCGUCAGACUGCGGAUGUGGGAUCUUCACUGGCAGUGUCAGAGACAUCGAGCUAUCGGCAUCAAGAAGCUGAGUUGAAGACUAUUGAAAAACGGUUCGGUGAUGUUCUCUCAAAACGCGGGCGGCCCCCUCUAAAGCACAGCAAGUUCAGGGAAGAAUUUGAAGAGACUGGACCGCCAGUGGCCAUCACCCGUUCCUCCUUUUUGCUGCAAAAGCUUCACAUUCCUGUGCUGAAGCGGGCGAAAUCAAGUUCAAAGACUGACGUUCAGGCGACUCCGCGAUCUGAGGCGCCGGCCGAAACAUUGGUCGUGGGCCUGAACCGAGGCAGCGUCCGGUCCCCAAACCAACCUUUACACAGUCAUGAAGGAACAAGCACGCGGACUUCAACGCCACAUAUGUACUCGACUCCAACACUAGAGGAGAGUACUACCGACCUGUGGCAGAGGGCUGUCCAACUGGAGCGAGAGUCUCGCAAGGGAGCUGUCAGGGCUGCAGCGGUCAAGAAGGAUCGGAAAAAGUUAGCUUCCAACAGCAGCGUCCAUCUCAAGGUCGGGAGAUGGAGAGGAGUCCAGCGGAGCAAGUCACUCGAGUCGACCAACGCAUCAGACGCUAAUGUUCCCAAUCCACAACACUCGUCAGCAGGAGAUGAUCCUGAUCGCCAGAAACAACCUGCAUCGCCAAGUUGUCUGGGAACCAAGCUUCCCGGACGAGUAAUGCAUGACGAACAAAAAAGAUACCAACCCCAUCACGAGUCUGAGGAUCGGGGAGAGAGGGUCCUCCAGAACCCCAAUAUAGGCAUACCGCCACCAGAAGCAUGGUCCAGAUGGCCAUCACAAACACGAAAAGAGCGGACGGCGGCAGCAGGGUACUCGGAUGGUAUGAAGUCCAGAGAUUUUGCGAUUGUUGCUUCGACUGGCGAUGGACGCAUUGAAUGGAUCACUGACAAAGACCCAGCAGCUCUCAUGACUGAUUUGCAACUCGGCUCUCGGUCCUUCUCUGGGAAAUUUGGCAAAGCUGUCAAAACUGGACUGGAGAAGCUGCUUCCUCCCAAAUCAGGGCCUCUAGACGAGGCAGGAAGAUCUCUGAGUGGACAUGUGGCCUUUGCUGGCAAGCGACUUGAAUAUCCCGAACUUGAAAUUCUCCCAACAGAAGGGGGCUACAAGGAGCUCAAAGCACUCGAACAGGGCAUCGACAUCGUCAAGAAUCGCCACCUAGAGCUUCCUACCAGAGCAACGGCGACGGACAUGCGAAAACGUUCAAUGUCUCACACGAUCCCCAUAUUGGUGCGUGCAGCUGAGCAAGAAAGACAUGAUUGCAUUCAGGAGGACGACAUCGUGUCUGAAGCCAUUCUAACGGCGGCUGAUGCACCGCAACCUCGCGAAACGCAAGCUCGACCAGUAACGCCUGCGCAACUGAUCAGUCGGCCGAUGAGAGAAUCUAUCAUGAUACCUGAUGAUUACUUCACCACUCCGCUGACAAGCAGACGCGUUACGCGCCGCACCCGAGAUUCGACGCUGACGACUGGAACCAUUGAGAGAUAUGUGACCCCUCGCAGUCAUAUAUCACGUACCCCAUCGCUUCGCUCCCCGUCGAGUAUGUCGAUGAUGAGUAGUAGUACUGUCGUUCGACGGUGCAAGUCAGCUGCAGAGCCAACACCGAGCCAAACGAACCUCUCAGCAUACGAGGGUAGGUCCAUUGCUCAACCCGAUGUGCUGAGGAGCACGCAGGAGUUCCAGGAUGAACUGGAUAGAAGGCUCAACAUGGAAAAAGGCGAGACAUUUACAACCACGCGGACGAGUAUCGAGGAGGGAUGCUCAGAGCACACCUUACCCCCAUUGCAUUAG